UCAGGUUUCUUUUGCUUCAACUCGAGGUGGUGCGUAAUGCAUGCAUCUGCACGGAAUAGCCACAUCCGGCCCAAGCGUGAGAUGUCAAAGUCCCUCGGACCCUUUACCGAAAACAGGUUUAUAUAGAACGAGACCCUAGACCGUCUUUAUUCUAACCCGUAAGUCUGGUCGAAGUCCCGUCUGGCAUCAUGGUACUGGGCAUCUUGACUGCCAUCGCCGCGUGCCCUGCCAUCAUCGGAACUACAGAGGCAGUACGCCAGGGCCAAAAACAAAACGCUCGCGAGAAACAUCGAGGAUUGAAGACGAACCUUGCAGUGGCAUGUUCGCGCGUCACGAAAGCUGGCCGUGAGAUUGAUGGAUGCGAGGUGGUGCUAAGCGAAAACAAGUUGUAUCUCAACGUACCAUCGGAGGAGUUCCCAGACGGUCAUCCAGAGGACCAUCCUUUCGCGGGCUACUUCCUUCCCUAUCCCGAUCAUGAUUGGGGACGACAGGGCGAGGGCAUGGUAUCAACAAUUUCAAAUGACCCGCCUCAACUGAAUUGGAUAUACGUAGAUCGGGAUACCUGCGAAGUCAAACACGGCAACCGAGCUGAAUCUGAGCAUCACAUCAUCGGACCCUGGGACGUGACCAAGAUGGACCGAAGAGUCAUGUUGACUGGAUGGGAGGGAUUCAUGGCAGUGCGGUACGGACCGGGGGAAUGGGCAUUAUACUUUGACGUCGACGACAACGGAUUAAAAGGUAUUGUUCCCGAGGAUAUGACGAGAAUGGAGGUUGAGUUGGUGCGCAGGGAGAGGAGGCAGGAAAGGAUGUCGAAUGAGCCGGCAGGGGGAGCCGGAGUCGAUGCCGACACCGAAGCUAAAACGUCGGAGGACGAUGACGAUGCUUGACUCUUGGCUGCAUGUUGAACAACUGGAAAACCAUUGUCAUAUCACUUUCAAGCUUCAAAUCAGAGGUGCGGCUUACUUUGUAGAGACGG